AUGCUGAUUUUCGCAACCUUGCAGCUUUUGAUCCAGACGAAUGAUAAGAAGGGGAUAGCAGAGUGGAUCGCCUGUCACCAGCCUCCUAUUUGGCAGGAAUCCGUAACAUUUGGGCUCAAGAACAGUAACAGUUCCGUGCCUGACCCAGCCCGCAAUUUGACACCGUCGAAGUCACUAAACCAGAAGGGUUUGGAGCUCAGCGUCCCCGCGCUUCUUAAGCAUGGGGAUGUCGGCACGAAUUCGCUAGGCCGCACGCAACGCUGA